UCUCCCAUUAUGACCGUGUUACUGGGCCGGGUGCCUCUACAAAUAACAGUCACAUAUCCCGGGGCGAAUCGCGCCUUUUUUUCGUCCGUUUAAAAUUCGCCUGCACUCGACAGCCGCAGCCCUGCCGCCGGGACCAUGAAUUCACCAUAUGCAAUGCAUAACGGAUUCGACACACCCCUUGGCGGAUAACGGCCCAAUCGGCGAGUAGUGGGCGUCCCGAAUUCGACUUCCCGACGAAAGCAGCCCUUUAUUAGGGCUUGUUUGCUGCGUGCUCUGCAGCCAUUUUGUGAACCUGCAGAGAGGUGUGAGGAGGUGCAGAGCUAGCAAAUUGGUUGUUUGCUGUGUUAUCGUUUGGACACCCCAGCAGGCUUUAUUCCAGGACAGACAGGAGGAUACCUGUUACCCCGGAGGAGAGCCAUUUUAGGAGCUUUUACAACAUUUGUAGAGAUGUCCAGGGACAAGCGGCCCCGAUCCCCCCCUUCCCCCACCCACUCUGAUCUAUCCCUGCAUAGCAACGAGGAGUGGGAGCCGACCCAGGAGGGGGAUACGACCGACCAGGCAUGCAGUGACCAGCCGCGGUCGUCAAGGGCUAAUGAGAAGUCUAAGAAAAAGCCUAGUAGAAAGGCAAGAAGCCAGCCAGAGGAGCAGUCGGAGGAGGAAGCCUCUGGUGAAGAUGCAGGACCUAAAAAGCAGCGUGGACCCAGAUACACUGAGGCGGAAACUGUGCUCUAGUGGAUGGCGUCGACAGGUCCUACGACGUUCUGUAUGGACCAAGGGCACAGACCACAGCAGCUAGGACAAAGCGAAGCAUCUGGGAUUCCAUCGCGAGCCAAGUCACUGCAGUAUCUGGAAACCGCCGGAGCACCAGAAACUGCAUGAAGCGGUACAGUGAUUGCCGCAGACAGACCAAGAAGAAGAUGGGGAUUCAGCGCCGACAUGAGACGGCUACGGGAGGUGGCCCGGCUCUCAAUCUGAAGUGGCUACCCUGGGAGAAUGUUAUUAGAAGGCGCAUGAACCCUGCCAUGGUCGAAGGAGUUCGCGGAGGUGUGGACUCUAGCCGUCCUGCUGGCUUUCCCCAGGAGGAAGAACCGCCCAGAAGACGGAACAAGGCGGGAGAUAAGCAGUCCAAAAGGAGGCCUGAUGACAGGCCUGCCCAGAGGACAUCACCUGCGCGCAGGACAUCGCCAGCGCGCGGACCGACACCUGCGCAGCAGGCAUCGACAGCAGCGCGCGGGCCGACACCUGCGCAGCAAGCAUCAGGAGCGCGCAGAUCUUCACCUGUGCGCCACAGAUCGUCAUCGCGCAGUUUGUCACCUGUGCACCAGACGACGUCGGCGCGCAGACUAUCACCUGUGCGCCAGACAUCAGCGCACAGAACUUCACCUGUGCGCCAGACACCGUCGGCGACCACACCACAAGAUGGGCGCCAAACUACAGCUCCUGCGCGCAGGCCAUCACCAGAUCGUCGUCUCUCCAGGAGCUCUGGGACUGUGACUGAAGAGCCUCAAGACACAACCCUUGUGGACCCAUCACCCGAUCUGUUUGAGUCUACAGGGUUAACAGACGAGACUUUUCUUGGGUUUGAGGACAGCCGUGCAGACGUAUCCAGCCAGACCCUUGAAAAGUCUUCAGAUACGAGGACAAGUGAAGCUCCUGGAGCAGCGGCACCACAGGAUGGAGAAGCUGCCCAAAUGCAAGUGGUGGCAGACGUCCAGGAAGGGCAGAAUCCCUCAACUGUUCAGAGGGUUCACACCCUGGCAUCGGAGAUUACUUCCCGCCAGGAUACGUACACAAAUGUCGUUGGAGGCAGACUGGACAACAUUGAGAGGACAAUGGAGAAGAUGUCAAACAGUCUGCUUGAAAUGCAGAAGGCUCUUGCCGACAGCACGGCCACAAUGCUACAGGUCAGAAUGGAAGAUCAUAGGGAGACUAUGGACGUCCUUCACAUUCUGGCCGAAUCCAUGAGCCGGCUCGUGGAGAACACAACAUGUCUGGCACACAGCAAUACCAACAUGUCGGAGAGCCAUCGACAAUCCUCAUCCAGCCAACAGCUCAUCGCAACAACACUGCAGAUGAUCGAUGACAAGCUCCCAGAAUCAGCUCAUCAACACGCUGGUGAUCCACCAUUUCCGCCGUCGCAAGCCACAAGGACGCCUCGUACCCUUCCUCAACUACCAUCCCAGUACAGACAGUCACAGAUGUACCAGGGAUAUACAGGGAUGUACCCCACCCACCAGAUGCCUCCACCACCGGCCGCCACAUCUACAGCCGCAUGGGCACAGAGGCCCAGUCAACGCACUAACCAGCCUCCCAGGACAUCGACACCCCACCAGGAGGAACACCAGGAUCCGGACAGACUUCCACCAUAAGCCCGGUCGUAUUGUUUUAUUUACUUAUAUGUUUUUCAUGUAUCCCUUUCUUCCCCUCCCAUUAGUUUUUUUUUCUUCUUACUAUUGUUUUUUCUUUGUUGGGCUUCCCCACCCGUGACCGGGUACUACCAAGGAGCUUUGUGUAGGCAUACAUGCGCGGGCAUGUAUGCGGGCGCGUGUGGUAACGGAUGAAAGCUCCUUGUGGCUACAUGUAUGAUGGGCCAAAGAGCAAUUCUGAUACCACUUUUUUACCCAAAAAAUCCUUUUUGUAAUGGUGUACAAUAGGCUUUCACUGUUGUGUGAAUUUACUAUUCACUAGUGUGUGUUUUUGGCUUAAGCCGUCCAUUGAUUUUAUUAACGCUCUCGCCCUUCACCCCCUACCCCCUUUUCUCCCCAAUAAACACUCGGACAACUGAAUUGCGAUUUAAAAGGUCACAGCCAAAUUUAUUGAUCGAAUUAGAAUUGGUACUCUAUAAGUGGGUGGCGAGAAAGCAGUGCGUACCCCCGGCUACAGCCUACAUAUUAAUUUCUCUUAAAUUAAACAACGGGGCGGAACCUAAGUCCCGCCCUUGCGCAAGUUAGCUGAGCGGUACCACUUCCCACCAUUGGCAUAGCACCGGUCCACCCUUAAGAUGACGACCGUGUCGGCCCUUGAGGCCACGACAAACUCGCUGAGUAUCUGGGGGAAGUGCCGGCCAACCGACGUUGCGCUUCUACAGACUGCCGAGGAGCACUGCUUGCCGCGCCUGCUGGACCUCUUUUGCCAGACCAUAAUUAAAGACCGAAUUGGCCUGACGGUGCCUCCACCGGACGUAAACCUAAUUUCAAAUUCCAGUUACCUCACCUUUGCCCUGGUGAUAAUUAAAAUUCUGGACUGGCCUACCGGUGCCACCACCGAAAAUAAAAAACAAUUCAAUUCCUAAAUACCAGGGCCAAUUGCCCUACCAACUGGGCAGGAGGGUGGGUGCCUUCUUGGAUCCUUGAUCAGCAUGAAAGAGGGAGCCUGCCUGGCAUUCCUGGUCUUUUGUACCUCCCAGGUAACUCUCCUCCCCUUUUUCCUAUAGGAUGCUGCUAUGCUACCUGUUCUAUCCACCCCCUCCCCCUCCCCUCCCCCUUUCUCCCAUUCCCUGCCCCAGGCUUCCUUCUUUUAAAAAACCCAGGACGCUUAUUUAUUCUCAGGCCUAUUUGGCCAUCGAAUUCUUUAAGCCGUCCAUUGAUUUUAUUAACGCUCUCGCCCUUCACCCCCUACCCCCUUUUCUCCCCAAUAAACACUCGGACAACUGAAUUGCGAUUUAAAAGGUCACAGCCAAAUUUAUUGAUCGAAUUACAAUUGGUACUCUAUAAGUGGGUGGCGAGAAAGCAGUGCGUACCCCCGGCUACAGCCUACAUAUUAAUUUCUCUUAAAUUAAACAACGGGGGCGGAACCUAAGUCCCGCCCUUGCGCAAGUUAGCUGAGCGGUACCACUUCCCACCAUUGGCAUAGCACCGGUCCACCCUUAAGAUGACGACCGUGUCGGCCCUUGAGGCCACGACAAACUCGCCGAGUAUCUGGGGGAAGUGCCGGCCAACCGACGUUGCGCUACUACAGACUGCCGAGGAGCACUGCUUGCCGCCAUAGCCUGGUUCCUAGAACCCAGGCCCGCCACCCGCUGCUACCACCGGCCUCCCACUGACGCUUUCUGCUAUGUCGCCCAAGAAUAAAGCUAAACCGCUCUCUGUCAGGUGUACUCCGUCUUGCCUAAACAGCCCUUCCUCUCCGUACCUCAACAACGGGUGCCUGGCGAUCGUAUCGCCUUCUCCCGUUAAGAGACGGGCUACGGCCUUGUUCACCUUCCUUCUGACCCUUUCUAGCCCCGGGCCCCCCUGUGCCCUUGGGACUAUAUCCGACCAUGUGAUCCCUGUACUAGGCCACCGGCCCUUCAUCCAUUGUAUGUCGGCUUGGAUUGCCAUAAUCAGCUCUCUCCCCUUGCUUUUUCCCAGAUCGUUGCCCCCUAGGUGUAUGACCACCCUCUCUGGUAUUCCCUGUGGCUCGUUUUUUAACAACAGGUCCCGCAGCCCGUUCCACCUCAAACCUCUGAUGCCUAUCCAUUCCACCUUCGCCCCCCACUUUUGUGCUAGGUUCCCUGCUGAUUUGUGUCUGCUGGCCCAGUAAAUAUACGAGUGGCCGACCAUCCAGACUCUCCAGUCCUUGUUUUGCCCUCCUGAAAAGUAGAAUUACACAUAAUCGUUACCCCCUGUUCUAUGCGGACCUAUGGUGCGAACUUUCGCGCGACCCAUAUGAAGGUGAAAACCACAAAACCUCUUUUUGUUUGAGGGCAAAAUUGGAAAGUCAUUCAUUCCCCCAUUUAUGGCGGGCAGCUUAAGGCCUUGGGUUUCGCGAAAGUCGCCGCGCGCCUGCCUCCUAGUCUUGUUCCUCUGCGCGCAAGUAAACCUUGUACGCUCCUGAUUUCCACCUGCCCAACUUUUUAAUCUCGCCUGCUGACAACCCUUCUGCCUCCGCACAAGUUGCCGCUCCUAUCCUAAAGGAAUGGGUACCGUACUGCCCCAGGGGAAGCUGCAAAGCCCUCAGGACUUUCUUGAAUAUGCUUUGGAACUGAAAUUUAGUCAGGGGGGAUCCGCUAUCAUGCACUAGCCACUGCGGCCAGGGCCCCUGUGGGCGUUUUCGCUCGUAAUCACUUGCUAGUGUCACUGCGCAUGUGCUUUCCUCUUCCUGUCUGCCUAUCGCUACCCAGCGCCCCCGGCCUAACUGAUCUGUUUUUGACUUGUGUAUUUUGCAGAGCACCCUAUCCUUUUCCACCACUACGUUGCCUGACAAUAGCCCAGAAUCCUUUGAACUCUUGGAGCUCGCUACCAGCUCCCCUACCCUGAAGGCUCCAAAGAAGGCGAGGGAAAAAGCCAGGCGGAAUAGCCCUGGUUCGUACUCGUCCGCUGCGAUGUGACUGACUAUUUCUAUUAAGCUCUUAAGCAUGGGGCGGCCUAUGGGCCUGCGUACGUCGCCUGCCGUUGCUUGCUCUCUUGCCCACCCUUUUAGGGCUUUCGCCAACAAAAAUGACUUUGUAGGGUCCUCCUCCCCUCUAAGCUUUGAGACGUAUGCAAUCCCUGCCAAUGUUGCGGACAUUGCCGCCUUAGACCUCCCCUCGCUAUACCCCUGCCACACGUACUCCAACAGUUCCUCGCGAGCGUUCUUACCCGCCUCUCCUUUUCCUAUCCUGAACGCCUGCCAUUCGCUGAAAGCCGCCUCGUACGUCCUCAGCGUCCGCGGUGCCACUGCCUUUCGUGCUAGUCUUGCUAGCCCGGCUUGAUAAUCUGCCAGAUAUAAUCAGGACAGCGUAAACCCUCUGCCCUGGCUUGUGGCGCGAGCGUCCUGAAUCUACCCCACUGUAACCUGGAAAGCGCAUUCGCAAUCUCAUUUUCCACCCCCGGGACGUGGCGCGCUAUGAAGUCUAUGUUCUUUUGCAAGCAGCGCAGCACUAGGUGCCUCAGUAGCCUGAGCGCUUGUGGUGAUUCCACUUUCUGGUUGGUUAUCGCCUGUACCACCCCUAAGUUAUCGCACCAAAACACUAUGCUUUUGUUCGCCAACCUGUCUGCCCAUAACUCCACCGCCACUAUUAUCGGGAAGAGCUCCAGCAGCAACAUAUUUUUUGUCCACCCGGCCGCUCGCCAUGCCUCCGGCCAGGGCUGGGCACACCAUUCCCCUCCCAAGUAAGCCCCAAAGCCGACUGCCCCAGAGGCGUCGGUGUACAAUUGUAGCCCUGUGCUAUGCACCGGCUCGGGCAGCCAUAUCCGGAACCCAUUGAAGCCCUUUAGGAAUUCCAACCAUACCUGCAUGUCCUGCCUCAGCUCGCUUGAUAUGCGUAUGUUAUAUCGUGCUUUCUUGACCCCGCAGGUCGCCUUCUCUAACCUGCGACAAAACACUUUGCCCAUGGGAAUGACCCUGCAUGCGAAAUUCAACAAACCUAACAGUGACUGCAUCUGUUUAAGAGUGACUUUUUUCGCCCCUGCGCAUUCCUGCAGCCUGCCCCUCAGCUUUUCUAUCUUCUCGACCGGUAGCCGACAAAGGCCAAGCUUCGUGUCGAUCUCUAUGCCCAGAAACGUUAGCCUUGGUGUGGGCCCCUCAGUCUUCUCUGCUGCUAUCGGGACCCCUAGCUGUCUAAAAAGAGCCUGUGUCGAGAAUAAUAGCUCCUUGCACUCCUGGCUGCCCUUAGGGCCCAUUAGCAGGAAGUCGUCCAGGUAAUGUGUUACCCCCUUCGCGCCUGUCCCUGCCCUUACGCACCAUUCUAGGAAUGAGCUGAACCGCUCGAAGAAAGCGCAGGAAAUAGAGCAACCCAUUGGCAAGCAUUUGUCUAUGUAGUAUUGCUCCCCUAGUUUAAAACCCAUGUACUUGAAGGAAUUUGGGUGGAGUGGUAGCAGGCGAAAUGCGGACUCGAUAUCCACUUUCGCUAGCAACGCCCCUUUUCCGCAAGCCUGUACCAUCGCUAGUGCCUGCUCGAACGAUUGGUAUGAGACGCUACAAGCCUGGGGGUCUAGGGCAUCGUUUAUUGAUUCUCCUUCUGGAAAAGAUAGGUGCUGAAUCAACCGGAACUUCCCUGCCUCCUUCUUAGGGACGACCCCUAACGGUGAGACGCACAGCCCUUCUAGUGGCGGCGAGGGGAAUGGGCCAGCCAUGCGCCCCAGCUGAAUUUCCCUGUCUAUUUUGGCCCUGACCACCUCCGGGAAAUCUCUUGCUGACUUUAAAUUCCUCUUAGCUACUGCUGACACUGGCCUCUCUAGUGGCAACUUGAAACCCUCCAUGAACCCCUUUUCCAAAAAGUCCGCCUCCCCUCUUAGCGGGUAGCGGCCUAGCCAACGCUGUAGCGGCUCAGUAUUUAUUGGGGAGGGCGCCUUGCUUAUCCCCCCCUUUGCCUUGGGCACGACUGCAGUCUUUGGCUGGGUGAUUUGCGUUGCAGCGCAUGCAUGUGUGUUUGUAACGGCAACCCGCUCCCCUGCUGCAUAUGGCGGAAUUAAACGCAUAGCAUUUUCCUUUUGCUGCGGCGCUACCGCCUGCUUUUGUCAGAAAGGGCUGCCUGCGCCGCCUGAUUUGUGACUUCUAGCCAAACUUCUACGUCUUUCACCCCAAAGCUAAUAACCUUCAACCCUUCCUGUUUUUUCCUACAUUUUUCGUCAUAUUGUCUCCAAACCCAUGCUCUGGCCGUCAUGUACAUGCUAUGUAUCAUGUGCAUGUAACGGAGGAUGUUCAAUGCUUCGGCCGGCCUCGAUUCAAUGUAGCAUGCCGCGAAAACAUACAUACCAUCCGUCCAAUGCGCGUAAUCUCUCCGCGCCUCCUCCUCCCUUGUGCCCGCUGCCUUAGCCGCAUCUAGACUGCGUUUCGCUUCCUCCGUCAUUGCGAAAACGUCCACGAACUUCCCCUUACGUAUACCAUCCUUUAUCUUUGGCCUAAUCCCCCUCAAUAUCGCUGUAUUGGCGCAGUGCACCAUGCUCUCUUGCGAAUCUGGCCCCGCGUCCCCCCUCUUCCCCGCUUCCUUGCUGCGCUUCUUGCUACUCCUUUUGCGUUUCAAAUAUUUUCUGAACUGUCGCCGCCUUUCGGCGGAGCUAGAUGAGUCGCUAGAGUCGGUGUAUGAGUCGCUACUGCUUGAAGAAGACUUUUGCUCACCUGUUCCUGAAGCCGAGGGUGUCUGGUUGACCUUCUCUGCCGCUCCGUUCUGUCCCUCGUCGCGCAGCGCGCCCGCCGCGACUUGAUCCGAUGAUGACCCGGCUGCCGGUUGUCUACCUUCUAUGGAGGCUGGAACCUGUAAACUCACAGAGGACAUGUGUAACGUAUCCGCUGGUUGCGACUGAGGCUGCUCCGCCGGGUGCCGCUGCUGCUGCCCUCCUAGCGGCUGGAGGGCCUGUGCCCCAUGGUUCUGUCCGCGGUCUCCUGACCCCAAACUUCCGCUGGCCCCCGCCCCCAUUGCUUGACCCUGCUGCUGCUGCGGCCCGCUCUCUAAGGGGAGGGGUAGCCCGCAUGGCUGG